UCUCCUCUCCGCAACAUUGGCUCGCUGUGCAUUAUUGGCUGCAUAUAUAGUAUGUGAAGAUGGUAUUAUCAUAUCCAUAAUCCGACUUUUCUAGAAUUGGGAAAUGCCCGAGAUAACAAACAUAGCAAAAGAAACAUCUGAAAAUGGGACAGAUUCAUCUCAGGAUGAUACUGGCACCGUUGAGGAAAUGCCUGAGGACACAAUCUUAUCACGACAAACGUCUGUGAACCUUAUACCUUUCAGUGGUCAGAGGUUUGUAUCACAGGACGCUGCAUAUGAAUUUUACUGUAGCUUUGCAAAGCAAUGCGGCUUCUCAAUUAGACGUCAUCGUACUCGGGGGAAGGAUGGAGUUGGUAGGGGCAUUACAAGAAGGGAUUUUACAUGCCAUCGUGGUGGCUAUCCACAACUAAAGCCUUCAGAAGAUGGCAAGCUGCAAAGGAAUCGAAAAUCAUCACGUUGUGGGUGCCAGGCAUUCAUGAGAAUUGUUAAAAGAGCAGAUCUUAAUGUCCCCGAAUGGCGGAUUACAGGUUUCAGCAAUGUUCAUAACCAUGAACUUUUAAAGUCAACUGAGAUGCAGCUUAUUCCUGCCUACUGCACCAUGUCUCCUGAUGACAAGAGUCGCAUUUGCUUGUUUGCGAAAGCUGGGAUGUCAGUUCGGCAAAUGCUGAGGUUGAUGGAGCUAGAGAAGGGAACUAAGUUGGGUUGUUUACCCUUCACAGAGGUCGAUGUCCGAAACUUCCUACAAUCUUUUAGAAAUGUGGACCAGGAUAACGACCCUAUUGAUCUUCUCAAAAUGUGCAAGGAGAUGAAAGACAAAGACCUGAAAUUCAAAUACGACUAUAAGAUAGAUUGUAAUAACAGGUUGGAGCAUAUUGCCUGGUCUCAUGCUUCAUCAAUGAGGUUGUAUGAGGAUUUUGGUGAUGCCAUAGUAUUUGACACUACUCACCGCUUGGAUGCCUAUGAUAUGCUUCUUGGGAUAUGGAUUGGAGUGGAUAACCAUGGGAGUCAUUGUUUCUUUGGUUGUGUACUCCUUCGGGAUGAAAAUAUGCGGUCGUUCUCCUGGGCAUUGAAGACAUUCUUGGGCUUCAUGAACGGCAAGACUCCAGGAACCAUUUUGACUGAUCAAAACUUGUGGCUCAAAGAAGCAAUUGCCACUGAAAUACCAAGAGUAAAACAUGCAUUUUGCAUUUGGAAUAUAACUUCGAGGUUUUCAGAAUGGUUUUCGACACUUCUCGGAUCCCAAUAUGAUAAUUGGAAGGCUGAGUUCCAUCGCCUCUACAAUUUACAUUCGAUUGAGGAAUAUGAAGUGGGAUGGAAUGAGAUGAUCGAAACCUACCGGCUGGAUGGAAAUAAACACAUUGCCAGUCUAUAUGCUUUACGUUCAUACUGGGCACUGCCCUUUUUGAGAUCUUUCUUUUUUGCUGGAAUGACGAGUACAUUUCAGUCGGAGACAAUAAAUACUUUUAUCCAGAGGUUUUUGAGUGCUCAAUCUGUACUUGGUAAUUUUGUGGAGCAGGUUGUUCGGGUUGUAGAUGCUAAAGAUCAAGCAGGAGCAAAACAUAAAGUACAGAGAAUUGUUCAAAAGGUUCCCCUGAAAACAGGUUCACCAAUAGAAUCUCAUGCUGCUACUGUUCUUACACCAUAUGCCUUCUCAAAACUACAAGAGGAGCUUGUUUUUGCACCACAAUAUGCAUCACUGAUGGUAGAUGAAAGUUAUUUCGUUGUGAGACACCAUAAGGAAAUGGGUGGGGGUUACAAAGUACUCUGGGUUCCACAUGAUGAGUUCAUUAGCUGUAGCUGCCAUAACUUUGAGUUUACUGGUAUUCUCUGCAGGCAUGUGCUUCGUGUUCUAUCAACAAACAACUGUUUUCACAUUCCAGACCGAUAUCUGCCCAUGCGCUGGCGUGAGUUUACAUCCUCUUUGGCUAAGCCCACACUCUUUUCCCUACCAAGUGAUCAUAUGGGAAAAGUUCAGUUAUUGCAGUCCAUGAUUUCAACACUGAUUAAUGAAUCAGUUGAAACCGAAGAACGCCUCAAUGUUGUUUGUGAUGAAGUUUCUACAGUUUUAUCUCGCAUUAAGGGGUUACCUACAGCAUCCAAUUCGGGUAAUGCUAUUGCAUAUGAGAGCCCAUCAGACUCACUGAUUCUUGCAGAGGUUGAGGAUUCUGAAGGCAUUGGUCAAAGCUUCACCUGCAACCUUCACGAGUGUAUAAAUUUGGCAAAGUUGAAAGAGAGAGGAUCCAGAGAUGGACUGGAUUUUUAUGGAAAGAGGAGACGUUUCUCCAUUCCAUGUUGUGGGCAGUAUGGCCAUGAUGCAAAUGAUUGUCCAAUGAUGGAAGGUGAAGAUUUGAAUGGAGAUAGACUUGGCUUUUUAUAGCAGGAAUGUUGUGAAAUGGAGCUAGGCGCUUUGAGGAAGUAGGGAAUAUAUACCAUCCCUUCUGUCCAUAACCGACAGUUUCUCCUCUCUUAAUGCAAAUGCUUUAUAUCUUUAAACUUUCGUGACCCAAAAAAUCGACUCUUAAUAUACUGGAACACCACUUUCUGACCAACAUUCUUUUUUUGUAACAAAUGAAGGUCCUCCUUUCAGGGACCAAAGAAGGAGCAUUCUUAUUUCUGUUCUACCAAUCUCAACUCCUAAAAGAAGAGGAAAAAAGAAGCAUUUAAGAUGUAGCUCUAUGAUUCUCAUGCCUCAACGGGAAAACAGAGAGCGAGGUUAGAUGAUAUAAUAUUGAUAUUUAGUUGAAA